AUGUUCGACAGCGCCCAGGCAUGCGCAAUCUACAAACGCCAGGCCAGAAAACCGAUCCACUUCCAGUAAGUUGCCCUCGACGAAUACAGAUGGUGAAGUGGCAAGAACGUAUACAGUACAAUUAGACUCUGGAUUCCACCAGCAUGACCUGCAUUUUCUCCAUGUUCAAACAGAUUAGGCUCUGAUUAACUAGUCCCCAUGUGAAAACACGUGAUUAGCACCUGUCAAACAGACUCCGUAAUGGUGGAGUCGUUACACUUGCUCGCAAUGUAGGUGAAUACAGAGGAAGCCAGACCAGAGUGUUAGGGGGCGCUCACCGACUGUCCUUACGGAACUCACUCGUUCCGUUGUGCCUUAUGGACUCUCUCUCGAGCCCAACCAGCAGCCGCACAGCGGCGCAUGAUAUAUAGGCAGAAUGGUAUUGCCGACAAAGACAAGGGAGACUGGAAUGGCCAUUUCUGGCUUAUUAUUAUUAUUAUUGUUUGGGCUCGAGGGAGAGUCCAUAAGGCACAACGGAACGAGUGAGUUCCGCAUGAACGAUCGGUGAGCGCCCCCUAACAUUGUAUAUUCCCGAUCGAAAACCGACAAGGCAACGGGCUCGUGGCCCGGUGAGUAGAGGCGUUGACUUCUAAAUCAACAGGUCGCGAGUUCGAGGCUCGGGUGUUCCACACUUCGGGCUUGGGUAUGGCUGGCUGACGACGGCUAAUAAACCAGAAAUGGCCAUUCCAGUCUCCCUUGUCUUUGUCGGCAAUACCAUUCUGCCAGACCAGAGUCUUGAAAUCUAACUCAGCCACCUCGAAGUCAAUCAGGUGUCCUGGCCUGGUGAUCCGCCGUUGAAAGGCAGAUCGGGAUCCUUUAUGGGGGACGGAGUGUGAAAGGAGGAAGCGGAGAGAAGGCUAGCAAAGGACAAACCCUGCGGACCACCAUAAUCACACUAUGAUCGUCGUUACUAUAUUGCCCACUACCAAUGCCUAUUCACGGGCCCAAAUGGAUCACGUUGGACCCCUUCGGGUGCAACACAAUUUUAAUCGGGUCAUCCACCUCCCUAUCGCACAUACCGCAUGCACAACAAAACUGCUUCAUCCCCGGAAUAUUGACCCACACCUGACCUCACGGUGGCCUCAUAUUCUAGGUCCGUCUCGCUCAAGUAGCAUUUCGUCUUGCCAACGACAAUGCGAGCACCGCCAGAAAACAGGGAACAACCGUCUGUCCUGCAGACGGGACUGUCCUGUGGCUUCCCAGCAUUGAAAAAUCGAGUGAUAAAUACAAGAGGCGCCCUCACGGCAUACCAGUGCAACCUGCAGUACAAUAAAAAUGACAAGCUAGAAUUUAUCACUACGUGUUAAGCGUCGAGGAUUUGAAGGUUGUAAACUGAUGGGGAAAUUCGCUCAUGCUCAGGACUGAGACUUCAACUGCAAAGGCUCCUUUCUAAAGUGACCUUCUUGGCACUCUCACGCAUGCAAGAUCCGUGCCGCCCAUGUUAGAGUUCGAACCAGAUCGUGUGUGUGUGUGUGUGCUUGCAGGUGAGACUACACCUAGCGUCCAUUUGCUGGCACCCAACUCUCACCUGUGGCUCCACGUAGCUGGGCUCUGCUCAGCGGCCACACCCCGGGCAACCGCCUCGACCGGCGGGCUAAACCAGGUGAGAGCGCUGUGCUCUUGUGCCGCGUGCACAGUGUACUGCGGGCUCCGCUGGACGUUUGGUCGGAUGAAGCGUUGCGCCGGCGUCGUCGAGACGAGGCUCUGCCUGGUACGCCGUUGGAGAGCUGCUGCCGGGAUGGGUCCCCGCAUCGCCUUCGCUGAGACGCGCCCACCUACGCCGACGGAGACCGCAGACCUCGGCAUAUGCGGUAGUUCUCCACUACAAACAUAAAGUCGUGGUCCCAUAGUGGGAUUCGGUCGCGCCAAACAGGCACACAGGCAGCCCGAUUCGGGGGACACUGCCUGUCCCCAUUACGGGGGAGGGCCUAGAAAAGGUGGCCUAAACAUUACUGGGCACCACGCCGUCUCCAGGCUAGCCAGGGCCGCAGACGUCUAAACAUGGUCGAAACACUCAAAACCGAAACAACAACACAACCAAUAAUAACAACAACAACAACUAUACUCCUUCUCCUCAUACUACCUCUUCUAACUCUAUCUCCGUCUAUUCUUCUGCCUAUACUUCUCCUUCGUCAUCUUCUUCUCCACCUCCUUCCCGUCGCCCCACUCGUUUUCCCCAGACUGACAGGGUGAGCCCGCUCACUCUGGCAGCCUGGAAUGUUCGUUCCCUUUUAGACAAUCCGAGGAGCAACCGACCGGAACGAAGGGCGGCGCUAGUGGCACGAGAACUGGCGCGCUACAAGGCGGACAUCGCCGCACUCAGCGAGACCCGAUUCUCCGAACAAGGCCAACUGGAGGAGGUGGGUGCCGGUUACACCUUCUUCUGGAGUGGUCGAACCAGGGCAGAGCGACGAGACGCGGGCGUCGCCUUCGCCAUCCGGGCCGACAUCGUGGGACGACUGCCCUGUUUGCCGCAGGGAAUCAAUGACCGCAUGAUGAGUCUCCGCCUGCCUCUCCGGCGAGGAGGCAAGUUCGCCACCAUCAUCAGCGCCUACGCUCCGCCGAUGAGCAGCCCCGACGUCGCCGCAAGAGACAAAUUCUACGAGGACCUGCAUGCCCUCUUGGCGACUGUGUCGAAGGCGGACAAGUUGAUUGUCCUUGGCGACUUCAACGCUCGCGUCGGCACAGACCAUACUGCCUGGAGGGGAGUGCUGGGUCCUCACGGUCUCCGCGGCUCCAACGUCAACGGUCUGCUGCUCCUCCGCACCCGCGCAGAACACCGCCUUAUCCUGACGAACACGUUCUUCUGUCUGCCGGAGCGAGAGGAGGCCACCUGGAGGCAUCCUCGGUCGCGUCAGUGGCACCUACUGGACUAUGUCCUCGUUCGGAGGCGAGAUCAGCGGGACGUGCUGGUGACGAAGGCGAUCGCGGGUGCUGACGGGUGGACCGACCAUCGCCUCGUCAUCUCGAAGAUGCGUAUUCGCCUACAGCCUCGCAGGAGACCACAAGGUAAGCGACCCCCAGGUAAGCUGAAUGUUGCUUUGUUGUCUUUGCCUGCUCACCGUCUCCAUUUCAGCAAUGAGCUAGCUCAACGGCUAGACAAUUUUCCUAUCGCUGCCGCCGACGACGCCGCCGCCGCUGCCGAGAACACCUCCGUGGAAAACCGCUGGUGUCAACUGCGAGACACGGUCCAGUCGACGGCGCUCGCCGUCCUCGGUCGCGCUCCCCGCCAACACCAGGACUGGUUCGACGACAACGACGCCGCCAUCAGCAAUUGCUAG